UGCUAUGGUAACAGUUAAUAAAAACAAUAGGAAUAUUACGUCAAUGUUCUCAUAUUUGUUGAAAAGUGCGAUAAAAUAAAUAUAAAAUAAAAAUAAAUAUGGAUUUAAAUAUAAUGGAUAAGUUACGUCUCUUAAAGAUCGAUACUGAAUUAAGACCACAAAUCAAAAUGAAACCUAUGAGUCGCUACUAUUUCGUCACUUCAACUAAUCCUGGUGAACAAUUCUUUGUGUUUGCGUCCACGGCCGCUUGGCUUAUUAAGAAGAUCGGUAAAGACAUCGAACUACCCAAUGAAGAAGACGAUCCCAACUCUACCAUAGCUAAUAUCCUAGAUUUUUUGAGAGAAAAAGAUGUAUCAAUUGACUUCUCUUCUCAUAAACUAAAACAGGGUUUUGGAGAACAAGUUUGUUAUAUAUUAAGCGUACUGGCUGAUGAAGCACUCAAGGCACAACACUUUGAAUGGCAAAAGCCCAUAGUUGACAUACCCGAACCCGAGGAAUCCCCCGAUGACGUUGACCAAGUAGAGGAUGAAACUGAAAUUAUUCUUGACAAAGUUGAAGAAGAAAUGGCAAUAUAUUCGGAAGAAUCAGAUGGAGAAUAUGGUAAUACAGACGAAAAAGAGACUAAUAAUAUUGCCACUAAAAUACACGAUUGGGAAUCUUGGAAAUUAGAGUUGGAGAGAGUGGCACCGGCUCUAAGACUAAAGAUCUCUGCCGACGGUCGAGACUGGAGAGCGAGACAUUCCCAAAUGAGAACAUACAGAGACGAACUUUUUGAUAGAUUUAAGGUUACAGGUGUCCAACUAAAUAAAUUAUAUAGUAAUAUUACUUCACUGAUGGAUAAGAUUUCGGCUAGGGAGAACAUACUAAACGAACAAUUUGAACCUUUAGUGAGAGAGUAUGGUUCUCUUUUGGAUGAAUUAAAUAAAGUUACCAAUGAGUAUAAAGAAGUGAGUGUGGGCGUGACAGAGAGGCAAGAAAUGUUGAAUGAGAUAACUGCCAAAGUGGAGAACAUAAAACAACGUACGGAAUCUAGGGGAUCGGCUAUGAAUGACAAUUCGCCAUUAGUGACAGCGAAAAAAGCCGUUGGAAAUCUGAAAAAGGAUAUCCAAGAAAUGGACUUCCAGAUAAUAGUCUUGUUGUGGAUGUUGACUACCAAAGAAAAUCCCAAUAGUAAUAAUUUACUUGCUAACGCUGAAUCGAGAAUGAUUGGGACUGAAGUUUAUUAAUAUGAAAUAAAAUAAAAUCUAAUAAUAUGACUUGCUUACAUAAGUUACAAUUAAACAAUUAAUUAAUUAAUUUGUUUAUGUAAUACUUGGCAUGUGUUACAAAUAGUUGGUAAUUUGCUCUGAGUAAGAGUAAAUUCAACUAGAUAAUAAUAAUUCUUUAUUUGGAACAAAAACUUUGAUUACAAUAUUAUUAAAAAACAAUGAUAUCCGUAGAAGUAUAAAACUGUGUCGCGAAUAUAAACGCCCUCCUCCUCAUUGCAGGAUUUCUAAACAGACCAAUUAAAACGUAUAGUAGUUAGUUACAACAACUAAAAAAAAUUUGUUGAUAGUGACAGAAAAUAAUCGAAAAGGAAAAUGUGCUGUAAAUAUUGAUUCCAAUUAAUUCCAAAAAAAUGAGAGAAAGUUCAGGCAAUGAUAAUAAUGGUACUUAUGAAUUAGCAAUCGCCAGUCUAUCUGUAUUUCCGAUUUUCCAAUUAGUUUCUAAUAAUCUGAUUGUAAAAGAAUUAUUAGGGGGUUUGGAAAUAAAAUACAUGUUAAAAA